UGCUGGCCGCAGAAGCCACUGAGCUCUCGAGCCAGCCGUGGGUUCUUUGCUGAGAUGGGGGUGUAGCUGAGGAAGGAGCCUGGAAAGUAAGAGGAGAAAAAGAAAACAAAGGGGAUGGGUGAUGGGGCCAUCCACAGUGGCCUUGAAGCAGGACACCAUCUCCCUGCGGGAUGGGCAGACGACUCGGCUACUCCCCUGCCCAUAAAUGGCCAGAGCUCCCAUGGGGCCACCCCUUUGCCCCGCCACCCUGGCUCUCCCAGGCUGUUGCUCCUACAAAUGGGAAGCACAAGCCAGCAACACUAAGAACGGAGCUCGCCGAGGGUGCUGCUGGAGAAGGUUCUUGGGAGGCCAUCAGAAAUGAGUUUCUCACUGAACUUCACGCUGCUGGCCAACAUGACUUCCUCCCCACCUGCUACAAGUGGGAAAGAAGCAGACUGUGGACCCUCGCUUGGAUUAGCUGCAGGCAUCCCAUCCCUGGUGGCCACAGCCCUGCUGGUGUCCCUACUAUUCAUGCUGAUCCGCCGAAGAAGAAGCAGCAAUGAUUCCUCUGAGGAAAUUGAGAGGCCAUGUGAAAUUUCAGAAAUCUAUGACAAUCCCAAGAUUGCUGAGAAUCCUAGGAGGUCACCCACACAUGAGAAGAAUCUGAUGGGAGCAGAAGGAGCCCAUGUAUAUGUGAAGACUGUAGCAGGAAGCGAGGAGCCCAUGCCUGACACUUACCGUCCCACCGUCGAAAUGGAGAGAAGGAGGGGAUUGUGGUGGCUUAUGCCCAGGUUGAGCCUGGAAUGAUACAGUUCGAUCAAGGAGCAGAAUCUAGAGCUGAAACAGAGCUGAAAACCCAGGGAUUUGUGCUCAGAGUGAUAAGAGAUGCCAAGCUGCUUCUUAACCAAUCCAAAUUUCCUUUGAAGAUCUGGAAAACUUUUGGGUUGGUUUGUCUCUGUAGGUGACAGAGGUAAGGGUUCAUUCCAACACUCAGAUCUUGUUGUUUAAUAAGCAGUGAAUCACCAAGUGAGGUCCAGAAGGAGCCUGUGGAUUUUAGUCUUGUCCCAUGCUUUCUUUUAUGAUUUGGGGGAAAGGGUUUGAUUUCUGUGUGUCUUGCUUUAUCAUCUUUUUUCCACAUCUUUUUUCUCAAAAAACAAAAACAAAAACAAACAAACAAACAAACAAAAAACAAACCCUGGAAUCCAUCACACCUGGCUUCCAUGGGAAGGACUGCCAGGGCUAGUAUGGUGCAAGUUGGGAUAUAAAUAAAACAUAAAGGGGAUGUAUGAGAGGAAGCAAUUUCUUAUUUCUGAAUGUCUCAAGGUAGAAAUCAUGUGGAGACAUCUGUUCCCUGACCACGGAGGUAGCACAUAGCUGGACGAUUCAUUGCUCCCAUUUGUGUCUGUGAUCAGACAGUACUUAAGGAAGGUGAUUCUACAACAGACUCUGUAUGUGUGUGUGUGUGUGUGUGUUUUGAGGGAAAACAAGGUGGAGUGAAAGCAAGUGUUGUUCCAAGAGAUUAUUAGAAAUGAAGGCUAUAUCUACUUGUGGGAGUUGAGAGAAAGGCCUCCACUGCACUCUCCAGGAAAAGAGAGCAAGAAGACUCAUGAGUGAAUGAACACAGAAUCAGAAGGGUGGGCUAAGUAGUAAUUUGCUUGCCAUCUGAGGAAAGUCUGUGGACAGCUGUAGCUGGCUCAGGUCAGGCCUUCACCAUGGCUUCCAGGAGUCCUGGUGAACAAGCAGGGUCUCCUAAUGGAAGAACUUGGGUCCAUAGUGUCUCAGGAUCCAUCCACCAACUCCACUUUGAUAUGCUGUGGAGGCACUUCCUUCUCACUCAGGGCCUCUGAUUGCUCAUGAACAUGUCCCCUCUUCUUCAAAUAACUAAGUACACAAACCCGAUGAAUUACUGCCACCUACCAUCAUGUGCUUUCAAAGCUGCUUCCCUUACCCUGGGUGUCCUAAGAUGAAAAGAUCAAGAAAGAACAUCUCCCUGAGAGAGAAAGGGCCACUAAGAUCCAGAGAGAGACUCAGAGACAGAAAACAGGGAAGAUAUUCCUUUGGCAUUUAGGAAACUGCACUUCUGAGUGAAAGCAGUGGGAAUACAUCCUGUGUGUGGCCUUGUACUAGGACACCUAGAGCACAGCUCCACUGUGAUCAGAGGAGCAGACUUUGACCUGAGCGCAGUGAGUCUGGAGUUAAGACCCCAUCCUCCAAAAGCUCCAGAAGGGACCUAGAACCCCUUCUGGAAUCUCUGAUCUUCUCAUUAAAACCGUUUCUCUCC